GUCUUUCCUGGAAACUCAGAUCCGGACACUCCGGUUGGGACGAUUUUCCCAGUUCCUGUGGUUGCUCGAUAUUUCCGCAUUAACCCUCAGAGCUGGUUUCCAAAUGGGACCAUCUGUCUCCGAGCAGAGAUCCUGGGCUGUGCUCUGUCAGAUCCAAAUAAUUUCUUCUACUGGAAGCAGGAGGUGACAAGUUCUGAUGACUUGGAUUUCAAACACCACAACUAUCAGGAGCUGAGACAGGUGAUGAGGGAGGUUCGCAGACAGUGCCCGUCUAUCACCAGGAUUUACAGCAUUGGCAAAAGUUACCGCGGUCUCAAACUCUACGUCCUGGAGAUAUCCGACAAUCCAGGAGUCCACGAAUUGGGAGAGCCAGAGUUUCGGUAUGUUGCGGGAAUGCACGGGAACGAGGUUCUGGGCCGGGAGCUCCUGAUCCUACUGAUGCAGUUCCUGUGUCAGAAAUACCUACAGCAAGAGCCCCGCAUUGUAGAACUGAUUCACAGCACCCGCAUCCACCUACUGCCCUCCAUGAACCCAGAUGGAUACGAAAUUGCACAUCAACUGGUACGAAGGGAGAGAGGGAAUGGGGAGAGGGGGGAGUGGGGGGAACAGGGGACAAGGCAGGGAAUACAGGGGAAAGGGGGAAUUGGGGAGAAAGAGGGGGAGCGGGGAGGGGGGGAAUGGUGGAAGCGGGAGAGAAAGGGGAGAGACAGAAAGGGGAGAGAGAGAGAGAAUGGAGAUGGAGAUAGGAAAAGAGAGAGGGAGAGACAAUGGAGAGAGAGAGAGAAAAUGGAGAGACAGAGAGAGAAAAUGGAGAGACAGAGAGAGAAUGGAGAGAGAGAUAGG